CACAAAACAAUGAUACCCCACCCCCUAUUACUCACUCUCUUUCUCUUCUCUAUCUCUCUCCUCUCCCCCUUUGUUUUCUUCCUCAAAUCGUUUGGGAACUUCCAUAGCUAAACAUAUUUGCCUGUAACUCUAUAAACUUAGCCACAUAUAUAAUCACUACUAAUAGCCAUGAAUGACCACUUCCUUUUCUUGAAUAGUCUACUCUCUUUACACUGUCUUUCCAGUUUCAGAUCUGUGUAGCUCUCUGUUUUGAAGCUUCAGACAUGAUUUUCUUGCUAUUUCCCCAAUUGGGUUCCUUUCUUUUUGGAAAUUAAUCUCACCCAUCUUCUCAUUGAAUUGGUCAAAAAAAAAAGUUUCACCUAGAAAAUAAGGUCAAGUUUCUGUAAAGGAGUAGAUCCAAAAAAAAAGUCUAUCUGGUGGCAAUAUGGAUGGUAUGGAUGAUAGGAGAAUGGGUUGUAUGGGUGGAUUUCUUCAGCUGUUCGAUCGUAAUCACAUUUUAGCCGGGAAGAGACUCUAUGCUACGAAACGUUUGCCACAUUUUACGGUUCCUGAUGAUGUGUCUGAGUCCGAUAAGUUUAGUGCAUCACCGGCAGUUUCAAAGGAGCUUGGGAAACCACAGCCAAGUCUGGAUCAGUCCAAGCAGGCAGCAGUAGAGGUCAUUUCUGUUGAGCCAGCUGUUCCUGUCUCGGUAGCGGUAGCGACACCGCCAAAGUCACCGCUCCCGCUCCCUCUUCCAAUAAUUGAAGUAAAAGAAGGGACGAGGUCUUCGUGGAAGUUUUGCAAAGAAGCUCCGAGGCUCUCAUUGGACAGUAGAGCUGUUGUUGAUGCUAAAGGAAGUCUUCGACCGAGGGGUUCAGUUCUAUCAGCUAACAGAGGUGAGAACACAGAGGAUGGAGUAGUAGCUGAUUGUGACGACAAUCAACGUCCAUGCCCGAGUGUCAUUGCAAGGCUAAUGGGACUUGAACCAUUACCCCAAUCAAACAAUGAAACUCUGCCAAAAUCAGAGUUGAGAAGAUCUGCAUCAGAAUCCAGAGUUUCAAGAGAUUUGUUUAAUGGCCGUUAUGUGGAUGGAAACCAUGUGGAUUUCAUAGAGCUAAACAAUACUCGAGCUAAUGUAUCAAACAAUGCAAUGAAAGACAAUGCAACGAAUGAACGUAGAAGCACAAUGCCAAAUGCAAGAUCUACGGACCAGAUGGGUUAUCCUCUGAAGAAUGAGAACACUGAAAGACCAAAGGCUUCAAACAGAAGUUUAACUUCAUCGCCGUGGAAGUCACCUCAGCACAGGAAGUUUUUCUUCGAUACAGCAGACAUUUUCCCGGAGCCAAAGCAGACGGUCUCACUCUAUGGUGAGAUUGACAAGAGACUGAAGAUGAGAGGAAUUGACGAGCCUUCUAAAGAUCUCGAGACAUUGAAGCAAAUCCUUGAGGCUUUGCAACUCAAAGGGCUCCUUCAUAACAAAAGACCGUCCGAGCAGAUUGGCCACCGGAAUUUUGUAUAUGAUCCUACUUUAUCAUCUGAUGAGUCCCCAAUAGUCCUUAUGAGGCCUUCGAGAUCAGUUUCACCAAGCCAUAGAAGAAUGGCAAAUGGUACAUCCCCUUCAAGUUUGAGAAGCCGAAAUGUCAUUGGUCGGAGACCCAAUCUUUCUAGUGAAAGCCUUCCAUCUGUGAGCCCAUGUCGGGAACGGCCUGCUUCUGAACGAAAUGCUCGGAGUCCACUAAGAUCUAGAGAUUCCAGCUCACCAACUCAAAGAGAAAACAGUGUGAGGCUUUCUAGUUCUGUGGCCAAACCAAAGAAUCUGAAUGUUGAUAGUCGUAGAAGAGCAGGAGAGCCAAUUGAGAAUCGAAGAGUUUCUCCAGUACAAUCACCGAAGCUUAGUUCGAGGAGAAACAGUUUGGAGCAUAAUGGCUCAAAGGUAUCACCUAGAAACAAAAGAGAAACGACAGAGAGUAAGCAGAAAGAGAAGAUCACAACGUUUGUUACAGAGGACGAGUCAUCUUCCAUUUCUGAAAGCACUGUUAGCUCAUCUUUCCAAAUUGAUGCGGAGAGAUCAAAUUUGGAGGAUUACAAUGAAGGAAGGAGCCUUUUGGAAAGGUGCGAUAAGCUUCUUAAUAGCAUAGCAGAGAUGACAGCCCCUGAAUCACAACCGAGUCCGGUGUCAGUUCUUGACUCAUCAUUCUACAGGGACGACUCGCCAUCCCCUUCACCUAUUAUGAAAAGGAACAUCGAUUUCAAAGAUGUUUCAGGGGAAUCGGAGGAAGAAAUAUGGCUCUCAUCAUUUUCACCUGUCCGAUCAAAGUCUAACGAUUCAACGGAUGACUCUCAUCUUGGUUACAUUUCGGACAUCCUUAGAGCUUCCUGUUAUCUGCCUGAAGACUCUGAUAUAUUUUUAUUAUUGGAGAAGCAGCAAUAUCUCAAAGGAAAGGACACCUCCAAGGUCUCCAGACUCCAACGGAAGCUGAUCUUCGACACUAUAACUGAAAUUCUUGAUAGAAACAGACAACUACCUCCAUGGAAAGCAUUUUCCUGGUCAGGUUCAUCUAUUGCAAAGCCAUCACUUGAAGGCAUUUGGACCGAGUUCCAAAGAAUCCAAGAAAGGGAAAGUGGUAACAAUUUGGUUGAGAUCAUCUGUGAAGUUCUCAAGAAAGACCUGGCUCAAGACACUGUCAAUGGUUGGGGAGACUGUCCGGUUGAGAUGUCCGAGGCAGUUUUGGACAUGGAAAGGCAGAUAUUCAAGGAUUUGAUAGUCGAAACGAUCCAAGACCUUGCUGUGAUUGGCUUCAAAACUACCCUCUUAACCGCUUCCCGUAGGAAGUUAGUUUUCUAAAGCUCACAAGGAUUAUUUUCAUGUCCAAGCUUCCUUGUUUUCGUGUUUUUUUUUUCCCUUUUUAAUUUGUUUUACCACUUUUUAGGUUUUGGUUCCUAUUGAUUCUUGACUACCUAGGAAGGGUACUAAGGUGUUGUAAUAGUAGUCACUUCCCAAGAUUGUAAAAAAAGGGAAGUGUUGUUAGACUGGACCAAGUUUGGAAAUCUUUUUUUUUUCAUGUGAAAUGCAAAAAAGUUUGAGUUAGUUGGCAGAAAUAAUUAGUUAUCAUGUGAUUUGAGUAAAUCAAAUUUGACCCUUUUUGGAAAA